AUGUGCAAAAUGAUAGCGUUAUUUGUAUUGUGUGUGUUAAUAUCACCCUCAUAUUUGUACAACGGAGAUAUCUGUUACGCCAAUAACUGUGCUGGUAGCUGUAAAUUAUUAUCACUAUGUCCAAGUCUAGUGAACGAAGUCAGACGGGCUGGUACUCCCAUGCCACCAUACAUGAGGAGGAAACUGCAAGACCUCGGAUGUGGAUUUCAACAGGACGAGCCACUUGUAUGCUGCGUAAAGGAGUCCAACACAUUUGACUACACGGAUGAUACCCGGAAACAACCAGAUUAUUGGGCUCCCACAGAACCACCUAAACCCUACACACAACCAAAUAUUCAAGUGAAUAACCGAGGAGAAACGAAUGGAAUUGACCAGCCCCUUGAUGUGAGAAAUCACCCCAACUUGCAACUAUUACCAAAAGACUGUGGAACUAUUGAAGGCGAUCGGAUUUUCGGAGGAAAUAGAACUUCCUUGUUUGAAAUGCCCUGGAUGGUUUUACUUUCAUACCAAACAGGCCGAGGAAUUAAAUUAAGCUGUGGAGGUACCUUGAUAACAGAAUGGUACAUCCUAACCGCUGCGCAUUGCGUGUCCUUUCUUGGUAACAAAUUGCAGCUGGAAGGUGUCAUUCUUGGAGAACAUGACGUCAGGCAGAAUCCGGACUGUGAGAGGGUUGAUGGAGAGUUAAUGUGCGCACCACCUGCUCGAAAUGUAACAAUCGAUCGUGUGAUAACUCAUCCAGGAUACAAUCCACAAACUCUGUUCGAUGAUAUUGCGUUAGUGAGGUUGUCGGAACCUGCCGAUUUUUCUUUGGAUAGUAUGAAAGCUGUAUGCUUACCAACAACACCAGAGCUUAUAAAUCAGACUUUAGAAGGUUUACAAGGAAUUAAUAUUUAUAACGGUUCUCCUCGCAUAUACGACAGUCAAUUAUGCGCCGGUGGGGUUCGAGAUAAGGACUCGUGUGGGGGCGACUCUGGAGGACCCCUAAUGUACCCUGGCCGGACAAAUUCGAGGGGUGGCGUCCGAUACGUACAGCACGGUAUUGUCUCCUAUGGAUCUAAAAGAUGCGGUAUUGGCGGCUACCCUGGCGUUUACACAAGAAUAUCAUAUUACAUGGAGUGGAUUUUGGAUAAUUUAAGCUAG